AUGGAAAGAAAAUCUAAUAUGUCUUUUUUUGUUCCGAAAACAUUUAAUCCAUUACUUAUUAGUGUAUCAGAUGAUAAUACCGACCGUAUCUGUGGAUAUAAAUAUGGUAAUGAAGAUAUUAAUGUUAACGAUGAUGAAUCUGACAUUUUGGUUGAAGAUUUAGAAGCAACCACUAUUAUUUCUAGUGAUAGUAAUUUAGAAUCAUCGAAAAAAAAAAGAUUGAUGGUUAGUGGGAAUAAAAUAUCGGAAAACGAAUCAUUACUAGAGUUGUAUCGUACAAGUUCUGAAAGAUAUAAUAAUGUAAAUUGGGAUACUCAUUUGAAAAAACUUUUUAGCGAUAGUGAUUUCUUACAAGUUCUGAAAAAAUUCAAAAUAUCAAUUUCUCUUCUGAAAAGAAUUGUAAAGAAAAAACAUACCUCUUGUGAUAUAUUUCGACAAACGUUUCUUUCUUUUAAUGCUAUCUAUUAUUUAGAUAUUUUUACUAGACAUUCUUUUGGAUAUUGUGAAAUACAAUUAAAAAAUAUUUUAUGUAUAAUCAUAAAACACUAUCUUAUUUGUUAUUAUGAGGAUAUUGAUGGAGUUACCUUUUUAAAAUCAAUUGAAGACCGUUUUUUGAGUAUUAUCUCAAGACCAUUGUCAUUUGGAGUUAGAAAACUUUUGUUUAUUUAUGUCAUCUUAUUGGCAUCAUCCAAAGGUUCAAAAAUGAAAUAUAAUAUUGAAUGUGAAUCAAUUAAAAGAUUAAUUUCUUAUAAUAUUACUAUGCCAAAGUAUGUCGAGUUACCAAGACUAGAAUUUGAAGAAGAAGUUAAAGAAGCUACUGAUCUUAGAUUUAGAAUGAUGAUCAAAACAUUCAAAAAUGAAUUUUGUAAUUGA